AUGACUUUGUUGAGUUGUUACCGAGCAAAGAGGAUGGCGUUGGAUAUUUUGAAUGGGAAAAAAGGUGAGCAAUAUAAACAUGUGCAAAUGUAUGCAAAUGCAUUAAGGAAGUGGAAUCCUGGCAUAUCAACUUAUAUACAACGGGAUGGAAGAUUCUUUCAAGGAAUGUAUGUGUCAUUGGCAGCUUGCAAGAGGGGCUUCUUGGAGGCGUGUAGACCCAUGAUUUGUGUCGAUGCUUGCUUCCUGAAGAGAGAGUUCGGUGGGCAGCUGCAUGCAGCCGUUGAGCGGGAUGCAAAUGACGACAUUUAUCCACUAGCAUAUGCUGUAUGUGAGUGUGAAGAUCAACAUACAUGGACAUGGUUUUUGAGUUGUUUAUUGGAAGAUAUUGGCAAUCCACGAGUACACACUUGGUCAUUCAUGUCUGAUCGACAAAAGGGAUUGCUCAAUGCCAUGGAGAAUUUGAUGCCUGGUCUAGAACAUCGAUUUUGUCUCAGGCACCUGCAUGCAAACUUUAAGAAACAAGGGUUCAAGGGCAAGGCAUACAAAGAUGCUUUGGAUGGUGCAGCUCAUGCAGCUAAUGAGGUGCAAUUCAAAUACUUCCUAUCGGUCAUUAGAGGUAUGAGUGAAGCUGCAUUUGAUUACAUUAGCAAGAUUGAUCCACGGAUGUGGUCAAGGAAGUCAUAUGCCCCUGAGAUAUAUCCGAUACCAUCAGCUUACAGUGAGUGGCCUAUUGAGGAUGAUGUGGAACAUACACUGCCCCCUAUACCAAAAAAACAAAGAGGUAGGCCUAGAAAGGCGAGAAGAAGAGGAGAGGAUGAGAAUGAGCCUAUUGAAACGAUCAAUGUGACUCGUAAGGGGUAUAGUGUACGUUGUGGGAAUUGUGGUCAAGUGGGUCACAAUGCUAGGAAUUGUCGUGAACCAGACAAUCCGAACAAGAAGAUUUGGCCCAAAAAGGUUGUGAAGACAAAGAAAAACAAUAUAACUGAGCGGCAAGGAUCACAAGAUGCAGGAGAGCCCACCACCACAGUUGACAACACAGGCCCAAUUAGCCAAUCAGUAGGGGAUUCGUCUAGCAGUGGGCUUCUGCAAAGGGAAAUUCACCUAGAAGAUGAUGACUUUUCUCGUGCAAUUUCAUUGAAUUUAAUGCUCAUGUCGUAG